GACCUCGCUUACUCCCUGGCUCCGCCCUGCUCACCCUUAGGGGCGGGGCGAAGGCCGGACUGGGAGAAGAGGUGGGGGUGGCGGGUGCGCGGAAGAGAGCUGAGGGGCGGGGGCGUCGCCGUGGCCUGGCUUGAGCGAUUUUAGACAAGAUGCAGGACCCCAAUGCAGACACUGAGUGGAAUGAUAUCUUACGCAAAAAGGGUAUCUUGCCCUCAAAGGAAAGUUUGAAAGAUUUGGAAAAGGAGGCAGAAGAAGAAGAACAGCGAGUCCUUCAGCAGUCAAUUGUGAAAACAUACGAAGAUAUGACUUUGGAAGAGCUGGAGGAUAAUGAAGACGAAUUUAAUGAAGAAGAUGAACGUGCUAUUGAAAUGUACAGGCAGCAAAGACUGGCUGAGUGGAAAGCAACUCAACUGAAGAACACAUUUGGAGAAGUUUUGGAGAUCUCAGGAAAGGAUUAUGUUCAAGAAGUUACCAAAGCCGGUGGGGGCUUGUGGGUAAUCUUGCACCUUUACAAACAAGGGAUUCCCCUCUGUGCCCUCAUAAAUCAGCACUUCAGUGGACUUGCCAGGAAGUUUCCUGAUGUCAAAUUUAUCAAAGCCAUUUCCACAACCUGCAUACCCAAUUAUCCUGACAGGAAUCUGCCUACAAUAUUUGUUUACCUUGAAGGAGAUAUCAAGGCUCAGUUUAUUGGACCUCUGGUGUUUGGUGGCAUGAACCUGACAAUAGAUGAGUUGGAGUGGAAACUGUCAGAGUCUGGAGCAAUCAAGACAGACUUGGAGGAAAACCCUAAGAAACCAGUUGAAGAUGCUUUGCUAUCCUCAGUGAGGUGCUCCAUCCCCACAAGAAGGGGUAGCGAUUCUGAGGAUGACUAAGACUAUGGCCUUGUUAAUGUGCCAGACUUCCUUGAUGUGACAAAUCAUCUGGAUUUUUUUAAAAAAGAAAAAGUAGAAAUGCUCUUUGGCUUUUAGCCUUUUUAUAAUUACGUUUCAGAUCUCAUAGAUCUCAGAAAUCAUCAUUGCUGGGAAUCCUAUUACAUUUCUUAGAACUCUCUUUUUAAUUAAUAACCUUUCCUUAAAAAAAUAAAAACCAGCUAUUGGUAUGGCCGAUGUCUAUGUUUUCCUCACUUAUAUUUUAAGCUAUAAAACUGUUCACCAUUUGUCCACAUAUAACUACAUAAGAGGGAAUGUGGAGUGAUUUUUUUAAUAAUGUGACUAAGUUAUACAGUGGAAAAAUUGCAAACUAAGUCUUGUUACAUUAUCAUUUAUUUUUUUAUUUUAUAAGGAUAGCAACAGAAUUAUUAAAGGAAUGAUUGAUAGGAAAAAUCUUAGUAUUUGUCAUAUUUAGAAGAAAUAGGCAAUAAUUUUUAUAAAACAUUGUCUUUUCAAAGCAGUAACUGAAAGAUUCCAGUUUAUUGCCAUUUUUGGUUAAAUGGUUUUUUUUCUAGUUAAAAUAGUUUUGUCUCAGACUGUUGAGAUACAGUCAAUACUGUAAAAGGCCACCUUAAAUUCUUUUUUGUAAACAGAUAAUAAACACAUAAACUGUCUCUCAAUUAGUAAAAAGCAUCAAGGUAUUUUCUGAACUAGAAUCCUCUUAGCAUUUAACAUUUCUUAUCAAGUUGACGUUAACAGAAAAAUUAGGGGAAAUAUUCUCUCAUGUUCAUGUUGAAUGAUGCGGUAUUUAAUGCGGGUUUGAAUCUUAAAAUCUUAAAAAUAUGAAUUAUAGAGGGCCUGGAAUUCCUUCAGAUUAUAUUACAAAAAAUUCAUUUUUUGCUGUACUUCAAAGAGUAACAAACAGCUGUGACCCAUUUUGUCUGUCACCAGUGUCUAUGUUAGUGAAUAUUUGUUUUUCUACACACAUGUGAGCCAGUGCUGCUUUUAAAA